GCAGGGAGUUAAUUGCAUGUCUGGUUACCGAAGAGUGCCUAUCCUAUGAAUUCCGCGAGUCCAAUUUAGCGUUUAACAGAAACAGAUGAUAUAAUCCAUGGUAUCACAAAGCAGUGGUACUAAACGGCCAAUUUGCUGAUGGAUGUAGUUCCUGAUAAAAUGGAGCGUUCUGGAAUCUGCUUGUGCGUUUUGUGUGGUCUUCCAGCUGCAGGAAAGUCAACAUUGGCACAGACGCUGCCUAGCUACGCUCGAAAGAAGGGGUGGAGGAUGUUUAUUUUGUCAUAUGACGAAAUAAUUCCAGAGGAGGGUUACGGGUUACGGAAAGAGGAGAGUGACGCGUUUAUGGACACGCAAUCUAGCUGGAAGGCAUAUCGACAACAAGUGUUGCGGUGUCUGGACGCCUACCUGGAAAGUGAGAAUGCGCCAGUGGGUGGUACCUGCACUAAUAGGGGAGACUGGGAUAUCUGGGUGCGAUUCGCACGGACUGCACAGGACCAGCAAGUGCUUAAAUCGGCAGAUGACUCCUUCCCUCAAAUGUCCCGCAUGAAGUCUCAGCCACUUGUCGUUCUGCUUGAUGACAACUUCUACUAUCCAAGCAUGAGAUACGAAGUGUACCAGGUGGCUAGAAAGUACUCUCUCGGCUUCUGUCAGCUGUAUCUCCAGUGUCCUCUGAACUCCUGCCUUACCAGAAACCGCAUGAGGAGCUGCCCGCUGCCUGAAGAGGUCAUUGUGGAGAUGGCAAAGCGCAUUGAGCCUCCGAACCCCCUCAAAAACCCCUGGGAGCAGAACAGCCUCACAAUGACCAGCACAGUCAGCUUUUCACAACAGGACAUGGAGCUGCUGAUUCAGUUGCUUGGUGCUGCAUUGGAGAACCCAUUAACUCCUAUCCAGGACAACACAGACCAAAAGGAGGCCGCCCGGCAGUGCUGUGCUUCCAGUGUCGUGCACCAGGCUGAUCAGGCCUGUCGCCGCCUCGUGUCCCAGGCCAUGAAGGAUGCCAAAGAAUGUAAAUGGACUGCAAGGACCAUGAGGAGCCUGGCUGCAGAGCUAAACCAGCUGAAGACAAAAUUCCUGGAAGACUUACGAAAACAAGCUCUCCAAGGCUAUCCCACCUGCCCCGGGGAGACCGUAAAUAUGGAACUGGUGGUAAGCAGAGCAGUUGGUGUAUUUGACCAGCAGAAAGAGGACAUCAUAAGAAAACAUGCGACAGAACCUGUGAAACCAUUAUGAUGUUCCAAAGUUGCUCAUCAAAUGAAAAGUGUUUGAUGUCCUGGACUCCCUCAGAACUGUAUUUUUUGUAUUAAAUAUUCUUGCAAUUUCA